AUGGCAGCACCUGCCCACACCCUCCCUCCCCCCUCCCUCCCCCCUCCUCCCCUCCCUCCCCCCUCCCUCCCCCGCCUCCCCCCUCCUCCCCCGCCUCCCCCCUCCUGCGUGCCUUUGUUCAUGCUGCUCUGUGCUGCUCAGCUGCUCUGUGUGCUCUGUGCUGCUCUGUGUGCUCUGUGUGCUCAGCUGCUCUGUGUGCUCUGUGCUGCUCAGCUGCUCUGUGUGCUCUGUGCUGCUCAGCGGCUCAGCUGCUCUGUGUGCUCAGCUGCUCUGUGCUGCUCAGCGGCUCAGCUGCUCUGUGUGCUCAGCUGCUCUGUGCUGCUCUGUGUGCUCAGCUGCUCUGUGUGCUCAGCUGCUCUGUGCUGCUCUGUGUGCUCAGCUGCUCUGUGUGCUCAGCUGCUCUGUGCUGCUCUAUGCAUGAUCGCAGAUGAGAUGGGGCUGGGUAAGACCGUGCAGGCCAUAGCGGUCGCCUGCUCGUACAGAGAGGAGUGGCCGCUUCUGGUCGUGGUUCCAUCGUCGCUGAAGUAUCCGUGGAUCGAGGAGUUGGAGCGAUGGAUCCCAGAGCUGCAGCCCGGAGACAUCCACCUGGUGGAGACCAAGAGCCAUACCAUGUAA